GCUAUUAGGGAAGGACGCGCGCAUAGUUUCUCCAAACAAAAACGAUUGUGCGUUUUUACGCGUUUGGAGCAGUUUCGCUUUUUAAAUCCACGUCGGAUGAUGUACAAUGUAAGACUGUGAUUGUACCAGGGAUUCAAACAAUUCACCAGCCUCCUGCCGGACUUUAUUUAAGUAGAAAGAGACACAACUAGGUGUUUUACGGACCAGAUUCAUGAAACUCCGAAGGACAACAACAACAACCUCAUGACUUAUUCUGAAAGAGCCAGAUGCCGGAAUUAUUCUCUACAAGAAUAAACUGCACACCGUAGAUUAAUUUAUUUUAAUGCUUUAAUUUUAUUUUUUAAAACGUGGACCACAUGUCUGUGCGCCAAUAAUAGCCAGAACCUUUUACUUUGUUUGAGCAUUCGUGCAUUCAAUUAUUAUUGAACACUAUUUGAUUGGUAGUGUAACAUAUCAAGUUCUCAAAUUUUAACGUGCAAUAACGAACAUGGAAAACACCUACAGACUGUUUCUGAUCAGACAAGAGACUGAAUGGUUUUGAUUAGCAAUGAAGAUGCUAUAAGAUCUGCGUUGCUUUACGCAUAUUUAUCCAUCUAUUGAAAGAAAUUAUCUGUUCCUAACCGUCCAGAAAAGGUCGUAUCUGGCGAUGUCCUUCUUUAAUUUCCGAAAGAUCUUUAAACUGGGGAUAGAGAAGAAGAAGAAACAAUAUGAUCACGUGCACAGGGACACAAAUCCAGAGGAAAUAUGGGAGAUUGUUGGAGAGCUGGGGGAUGGAGCCUUUGGAAAGGUGUUCAAGGCACAAAACAAGCAGACUGGUAUUUUUGCGGCUGCGAAGGUGAUUGACACUAAAACUGAAGAUGAGCUGGAGGACUACAUGGUGGAGAUCGACAUCUUGGCAUCGUGUGAUCAUCACAACAUCGUCAAGCUGCUCGACGCUUUUUACUAUGAGAGCAAACUGUGGAUCCUGAUCGAGUUCUGUGCUGGCGGGGCUGUCGAUGCCGUUAUGCUCGAGCUGGAAAGGCCACUGACGGAGCCGCAGAUCAGGGUGGUUUGUAAGCAGACUCUGGAUGCUCUGCUGUAUCUGCAUGACAACAAGGUCAUUCACAGGGACCUGAAGGCUGGAAACAUCUUGCUAACACUGGAUGGAGACGUCAAAUUGGCGGAUUUCGGAGUGUCUGCCAAGAACACGAAGACGGUCCAGCGAAGAGAUUCUUUCAUUGGAACCCCUUACUGGAUGGCUCCAGAGGUGGUGAUGUGUGAGACGUCGAAGGACAGGCCGUAUGACUAUAAGGCUGAUAUCUGGUCUCUGGGAAUCACUCUGAUUGAACUGGCUCAGAUUGAACCUCCAAACCAUGAGAUGAACCCGAUGAGAGUCCUGCUGAAGAUCGCCAAAGCUGAGCCUCCUACUCUGCUACAGCCCUCCAAAUGGUCUCCUGAGUUCAGGGACUUCCUCAAACACGCGCUGGACAAGAACGUGGACAACAGGUGGAGCACAGCGCAACUCCUCCAGCACCCGUUUGUGAGCACUGUAGCUGACAGCCGGCCGCUGCGGGAGCUGAUCGCUGAAGCAAAGGCGGAGGUUACUGAGGAGAUGGAGGAGGAAGAGGAUGAUGAAGAGCAUGAAGGAAACCUGCUUGGACACAAACGCGCCCCAUCUGAUGCAAGUGUUGGCAGUUCUGAAGACGAGAAGCUUCCUCAUUCUCCGUCCACAUUAGAGUCAGUUCCUGAGAAGAUCGAGGAGGUCUCAGUUCCCAAACUAGCAGAUGAUAAUAUUACAGCUGAAAUAAAGAAAGAAGAAGAACCUCUGAAGACAGAUGAGAACCACGUAGUGGAUACAGCAACAUCUCAAUCCAACAAACAGGAACAUAAAACUGAAGGAGAACCAGAGGUGGUUCCCUUAGAAACUCCAGCUGAGGUAAUAAUACAACCUGCCAAACCUGAUGGAGAGAAACUGGAGGAGGAGAAGAAAAAGUUGGGCAAUGGAGAACUCGUCCAGAAAGAGCCUGCAUCAGAUGUGUGUUCACCGACUGACAAAGAGAAAGCAGUCAUCGAGGAGUCCAGUAAAGCAGCGGCUCCAUCAUCUUCAGUGCCAGAGGUGGAGGAAAAGAAGAAGGAGAAGCUUGAGGAUGAACAGAAACAGAAUCAGAGCCCAGUGAAACCCCGCUAUGUGAAGAAGGAGGACUCUGAUUCAGGCAUCAGCUCUACCACAGACACCAGCAGCAACAGCAGCAGUAUAGACCUCAACCUGUCCAUUUCCAGCUUCAUCAGCAAAUCCAAGGAGAUGGGAACCAACUCACAGCAGGACAACAAGAGGCAGAAAAAGACUCUGAAGAAGACUCGCAAGUUCAUGGUGGAUGGAGUGGAGGUCAGCGUUACAACAUCCAAGAUCAUCACAGACAAUGACACCAAGAAUGAAGAGAUGCGAUUCCUGCGGCGUCAGGAGCUGCGAGAGCUGAGACUCCUACAGAAAGAAGAGCAGAGAGCACAACAACAGCUCAGCAACAAACUCCAGCAGCAGAGAGAUCAGAUCUGCCGACGCUUCGAACACGAGACCACGAGUAAGAAGCGUCAGUAUGACACAGAGGUGGAAAAUAUGGAGCGGCAGCAGAAACAAACCAUCGAGCGUCUGGAGCAGGAGCAUACCGAGCGUCUACGGGACGAGGCCAAGCGCAUCAAAGCAGAGCAGGACAAAGAGCUCUCCAAGUUCCAGAACACAAACAAGAACCGCAAGAAAGAGGAGCAGGAGUUUGUUCAGAAGCAGCAGCAGGACCUGGACGGCGCUCUGAAGAAGAUCAUUCAGCAGCACAAGCUUGAGCUGGCCACCACAGAGAGAGACUGUCUCAACCACAAACAGCAGCUGCUCAGAGCUCGAGAAGCGGCCAUGUGGGAGCUGGAGGAGCGCCACCUGCAGGAGAAACACCAGCUCUACAAACAGCAGCUGAAGGACCAGUACUUCAUGCAGAGACACCAGCUGCUCAAGAGACACGAGAAGGAGAUGGAGCAGAUGCACAGGUAUAACCAGCGUCUGAUGGAGGAUAUGAAGAACAGGCAGAUGCAGGAGAAAACCAGACUGCCCAAGAUCCAGCGCAGCGAUGCCAAGACCCGCAUGGCCAUGUUCAAGAAGAGUCUGAGGAUCACCAGCACUGGAGUCACAGCAGAGCUGGAGAGAGAGAGAGUCAAACAGUUCGCAGGGCAGGAGGAGAAGCGUCAGAAGAACGAGCGUCUCCAUCAGCAGCAGAAGCAUGAGAAUCAGAUGCGGGAUCUCCAGACUCAGUGUGAUGCAAACAGCAGAGAACUGCAGCAGCUGCAGAAUGAGAAGUGCCAUCUGCUGAUCGAACACGAGACUCAGAAGCUGAAGGAGCUUGAUGAGGAGCACGGCGCUGAGCUCAAAGACUGGAGAGAGAAACUCAGACCCCGCAAGAAGGCUCUGGAGGAGGAGUUUGCCCGUAAGCUGCAGGAACAGGAAGUGUUCUUCAAGAUGACUGGAGAGUCUGCGUGUCUGAAUCCCUCCACACAGAGCCGCAUCUCCAAGUUCUACCCCGUCCCAAGUGUGCAGUCCACCGGCUUUUAAAACACCUUCACCAUAAACAGAGAAGCCAAAACUGUCCAGUGAACGAACCUCUGCUGCCUUCCUGCUUCUCUUUGAUCGCUGACGUCAAACUGAACGGGGAUUCAGGAUCAAAUAUGCUCAAGUAAGAUACGGAGAAGCUUUCAUUUUCAGCGUUUUUUAUUAAUUUAAGCUUUAAAAGUGGAUUUCUAUGAAGAUUUCAGUCAUAGCUUGUGGAAGAUAAUGUGAUUUCAUUCUAUAUGCCACUAUUUUUUAUUUUUUUAUGAGAAAAAAAAUCAUAAUACUUUUUUUAUGAAGCAGUGAUGUUGAAGGGACAGUUCACACAAAAAUGCUAAUUUGCCACUCAAUUUUGGCUAAAAAUCUUAUUUAAUGCUGUAAUUUAGAUAAAAUGUUCUCUAAGAUGAUAUGUUCUCUUGAGAAAAAAAAUCCUAAUAAUCAUUUUUGUUUAUGAACCAGUGAUUUUAAAGAGACAGUUCACUCAAAAAGAGAAUUUGGCCCACAAUUUUGGCUAAAAAUCUUAUUUAAUGCUUUAAUUUAGAUAAAAUGUUCUCUAAGAUGAUAUGUUCUCUUGAGAAAAAAAAUAUAUACUAAUGAUUUUUGCAUAUGAACUUGUGGUCUUAAAGGACAGUUCACCCCAAAAUGCUAAUUUGUCCCACAAUUUUGGCUAAAAAUCUUAUUUAAUGCUUUAAUUUAGAUAAAAUGUUCUCUUAGAUAUGUUCUCUUGAGAAAAAAAAACAUCAUAAUCAUUUUUGCAUAUGUACUUGUGGUCUUAAAGGGACAGUUCACUCAAAAAUGCUAAUUUGCCCCUCAAUUUUGGCUAAAAAUCUUAUUUAAUGCUUUAAUUUAGAUCAAAUGUUCUCUAAGAUGAUAUGUUCUCUUGACAAAAAAAUCUGAAUAAUCAUUUUUGUUUAUGAACCAGUGAUCUUAAAGAGACAGUUCACUCAAAAAGAGAAUUUGGCCCACAAUUUUGGCUAAAAAUCUUAUUUAAUGCUUUAAUUUAGAGAAUAUGUUCUCUUAGACCAGGCAUGGGCAAACUCGAUCCUCGAGGGCUGGUGUCCCUGCAGAGUUUUGCUCCAACACUAAUCAAACACACCUGAACACCCUAAUUAGUGUCUUCAAGAUCACUAGAAAGCUACAAGCAGGUGUGUUUGAUUAGGGUUGGUGCAAAACUAUGCAGGGACACCAGCCCUCGAGGAUCAAGUUUGCCCAUCCCUGUCUUAGAUGAUAUAUCUCUUGGAAAAAAAAUCAUAAUAAUCAUUUUUUCAUAUGUACUUGUGGUCUUAAAGGGACAGUUCACACAAAAAUGCAAAUUUGCCCCUUCUUAUUUAAUGCUGUAAUUUAGAUAAAAUGUUCUCUUAGAUGAUAUGCUCUCUUGAAAAAAAAAACAUCAUAAUCAUUUUUGUUUAUAAACUAAUGAUCUUAAAGAGACAGUUCACUCAAAAAGAGAAUUUGUCCCACUAUUUUGGUUAAAAAUCUUAUUUAAUGCUUAUAUAAUAUGUUCUCUUAGAUGGCCUGAGGGUCAAUAAAUUAACACCAAAUUAACAUUUUUGUAUGAACUGUCCAUCCAAUAUACUAACUGUGAGGUUUCCUGUAGAAUUGUAUCAGCGUUUAUGAAAGUUUCUUGAGCUUCAAGCUAAUUUUCAGGGGUUUUGUUAACCAAAUUAAUGAUUUAUGAUCAAAAUAAGUCACGAUAAAGCUUUUGAUUGUGAAAUUCGUACAUUCAAAUCUAGUUAAAUGACCUGAUUUUUUUGAGUAGUUGGUUAUUGUAAGGAUUACAGGAUGUACAUUGAGGUUUUCUAAGCUUUUUUUAUUAUAUAUUUGAAGUAGCAGCCAUGCGUAUGCAAAUAUCACUGUGGUUUAAAAGUGCUAUGCAAUGUGAACAUCGAACCAUCAUCUCAACUUUUCGAUAUUCCGUGUUGCUCGUAUUAACGCAACAUUAUUUGAUUAGACAACUCUACACUACUUUUGUAUACUUUUCAUUAGAUCUGUAUAGAGGAUGGUGUGUCUUCUGGUUUUGUUUGAUCAGAUUCUUUUAUUUUUGUGCAUUUUACUAAUUUAAUUUACAAAUUAGCAUGCAAUAAAUGUGUUCAUUGCACUUUCAUGUGCCGUAGUUCAUAAAGCUCCAUUUAUAAUCUGUGAAAAAGACAGAAAAGUGACAAUUUACGAUGAAACCGAGAGAAUGGCUGGUGUUUUUCAGCAGAUCUGACUGUGACGAAAGUGCUGUGCACCAAUUCCUGCAGUCUUGAUGCUUGUGUUUGCAUUUUCAUAGACUUUUUUAAAGCAUUUUCAACCUGCGAAGUGAAUUUAGCAGCAUAUCAGUUGUAAUAUGUAUUGUGUUUGCGUCAAAUGUUGAAUCGUCGUGAUUAUAGGAAGAUACUGUGAUUAAAACAUUUGUGCCGAA